UAUACAAAGUGACUUAGCUUAGUUAUUAUUAUCCCUGGGUGAAAGUGUGAAACUGAACUCAUGUAGAUCUUCAUUCUCUUCUCUCAAUUUCUCAAACACUUAACUAUAGAUAAAUAAAUAAGCAAGAUAAAAUAAUUAAUUAAUUGUUGAGAAAUUAUUUGUCUUUGAAGAGUGAAAUGGAGUUUGAUGAACAUGAAGAGGAACAUGAAGAGGAGAUGGAGAUUCCGGAAACACCGAUGCCGGUGCCGGCGAGUUACGACUCACUCGGAAACUCAGCUUCACGGUCGAAAAUCUCCGGUGGAGUUGACGGACGGAAAGGUAGCGGUAACGGUAACGGUAACAGUAACAGUGGCGGUUUUUCCUCAACGGUGAGGUAUAGAGAAUGUCAGAAGAAUCACGCUGUCAGCUUCGGUGGCCACGCCGUCGACGGUUGCUGCGAGUUCAUUUCCGCCGGUGAAGAAGGAACGCUUGAAGCUGUGAUUUGCGCUGCUUGUAACUGUCACCGGAACUUCCACCGUAAAGAGAUCGACGGAGAAACAGUUAGUUCGUGUCAGCGGCAGCAACCUCCACCACCGCCGCAACCAUACCACCAUCAUCAUAACCAAUUUCCACCUUACUAUCACCGAGGUCCUCCUUCUACCUCCGGUUACCUUCACCACCACCUAGCAACUCCGGUGGCGCAUCACAGACCUUUGGCUCUCCCGGCUUCUGCUUCUGGCGGCGGAUUCAGCAGAGAAGAAGAUGAUAUUUCAAACCCUAGCAGCAGCGGCGGUGGAGGUAACGGUUCCGGUGGAUCAAAGAAAAGAUUCAGAACGAAAUUCACGCAGGAACAGAAAGAGAAGCUCUUAGCUUUCGCUGAAGAACACGGUUGGAGAAUUCAGAAACAAGAUGAAGCUGCUAUAGAACAGUUUUGUGCUGAGAAUUGUGUCAAGAGAAAUGUUCUUAAAGUUUGGAUGCACAAUAACAAGAACACUCUUGGUAAGAAACCCUAAUUUGUGUUAUUAUUAUUCUAAAUUUCUGAUUAAUUUCUUCCAUGUGGUUGUUAUUAUUAUUAAGCAAUUUUGAUCUCUCUAGCGAGAGUGAUUUGUGUGAAAAAUAAAAAUAAGAAAAACAAAACAAAAACAAAAAAUGUAGUAUGAGAUUUUUAUGUACAAGAUCAAGCUAGCUAGCUAGUUAGGGUUCUUAUUCUUGUAAGUUCUUUAUUUGGUUAAUUAAUUAAAUAAUUUUGUUUAGUUUA